CCGUCCGUGAGGGCAGCAGCGAUGCUCUCCGUUCCGCGGCGCCGGCGGUGUGGGGCGGGCCCGUCGGGUCCUUGAGGCGGCGCUGAGAGACACCUUCCGCAGCCCCGCCGCCACCAUGCCGUGCACCUGCGGGAACUGGCGGCGCUGGAUCCGGCCUCUGGUGGCCACGGUCUACGUCGUGGGGCUGCUGCUGGCGGUGCCGCUCUGCGUGUGGGAGAUGCAGAAGCUGGAGGUUGGAAUCCAUACCAAGGCAUGGUUUAUUGCUGGGAUAUUUUUAUUGAUGACAAUACCAAUAUCUCUUUGGGGAAUAUUGCAACAUUUAGUUAAUUAUAAUCAACCUGAAUUACAGAAACCAAUAAUAAGGAUUCUAUGGAUGGUGCCAAUUUACAGUCUAGACAGCUGGAUAGCAUUGAAAUAUCCCAGCAUUGCAAUAUACGUGGAUACUUGUAGAGAAUGCUAUGAAGCGUAUGUCAUCUAUAACUUCAUGGUCUUUCUUUCAAAUUACCUGACCAAUCGGUAUCCAAAUCUAGUGUUAAUCCUAGAAGCCAAAGAUCAGCAAAGGCAUCUGCCACCAUUGUGUUGCUGUCCACCAUGGGCUAUGGGAGAGGUGCUGUUGUUCAGGUGCAAGCUUGGUGUUUUGCAGUAUACAGUAGUCAGACCAUUCACCACCAUUAUUGCUUUAAUAUGUGAAUUGGUUGGUGUAUACGAUGAAGGAAACUUUAGCUUCAAAAAUGCUUGGACCUAUUUGGUUUUUUUCAACAAUAUCUCCCAGCUUUUUGCCAUGUACUGCCUUGUGUUGUUCUAUAAAGUACUGCGGGAAGAACUAAACCCAAUCAAACCUGUAGGGAAAUUUCUGUGUGUAAAGAUGGUGAUUUUUGUUUCUUUUUGGCAAGCUGCACUUAUUGCAUUGUUGGUGAAAGUCGGUGUUAUCUCUGAAACACACACAUGGGAAUGGAAAAGUGUUGAAGCAGUGGCAACUGGUCUACAGGAUUUUAUUAUCUGCGUGGAGAUGUUCUUUGCUGCAAUUGCUCAUCACUACAGUUUUUCCUACAAACCUUAUGUGCAGCAAGCUGAAGAAGGAUCAUGCUUUGAUUCUUUUCUUGCAAUGUGGGAUAUUUCUGAUAUCAGGGCAGAUGUAACUGAACAAGUUCGCAAUGUUGGAAGAACAGUUUUUGGUCAGCCAAGAAAAAUGUUUUUUGGUGAAGAUUAUGAACAGAAUGAACAUACAAGUUUGCUGUCAUCAUCUACCCAGGAUCCAAUUUCUACUGCUUCUUCAGUACCAUCAUCACCUGUGGGCCACUAUCAAGGGUUUGGACAUACGUUGACUCCAACAAUGCCUCCUGAACCAGUAUUUGAUGGCUUAUGUAAAUCAGCAGAAGAAAGUGAGAAUCCUCCAAUAGAGAAGCCUCUGGAUGAAAGUUAGACAACUCUUUUCUCAAAUGUUUUGUGAUUUGCCGGGAUGAUGCUAUGUUUGUCAGCUGCACCAAGUGGCACAUAAAACAAAACAGAUGUUAUUUGAUUUUAAAUGGGGAAUUUCUAAACCAUCAUUGAAAGAGCGUAUUGGUGCCAGACAUGUAAUUAAAUUAUUACUGUAAGUUGAGUAGCCAAUGCUGCUUGGUUCAAAAACCUGCCUCUGAAAUUGGAGUGAGGUAGAAAGUUCCUGAUGUUGACUUCCCUCUCAAAGUAAUUGCACCAUCCCAGAAUACCGUCUUAUCAGCAUGCCAGAAUUGUUGCUGAGCUGCUGGAGACCUUAGCUGGAGCAGUAAAUGAAAUCAUUCUUUUAACAAUACUGGCAUAUUUGUGGCACAGUCCAGUUAAGCAGAAGUACUUGGAUUUGAGCAUUAUAUGCUGCAUUGGCUCUAAAUUUUGUUGUUAAUGUAUUAAGUGUAUCUUGGUCUUUCACACCCUGGAAGUUGCUCUGGAGGGUAGUAAUCUACUACUGCUUCCUGUUAGCAGAGAGAUUACUACUAGCACAACAGAACUCCUCCCCACACCCUCCCCAGAUCUGUCACAGAGGAUUGAAGAAACAGAUUUAGGGGGUGCACAGGGUGAGGUGGGGAAUUCCUGUUGUUUGUGGUAGUUCUUGUGCUAAUAGAACUACUUAAUGCUAAACUGAACCCAACUUGGAGUCUAAAGGCAUUCUAAUUAGGGAGUUAAAAUGAAACAAGGCUUUUUACUGGAAAACUGAUCAGUGUUCCUGUAUUUUUGUCUCAAAAAAACUCAUAGGAUACUUACCAAUGGCUCAUCAAUUAAUCUGUGCUCCUCUUAUCAUGCGGAUACCAUUUUAAUGCCUACUAUUCUUGAAUUUAUAGUAUAUUUGCCUUCCAAAAAUGUAUCUAGAAUCAAGUAAGCUUUGAAAUACUAAUACAGAAUGUAACAACUUAUUGUUUUAAGGACUUGCACAUCUGAUCAACAAAAGGGACUUGUUACCCAUUACCACAUUUGUAUCUGCAUUGCAUGCUUGCUGUCUUACCUUCAUAUAAAAUGCUGCAGCAAGGUUUACAUUAAGUGGCAUCUUCAGAGAGAACUCAAGCUAUUUUUAGCAUUCAGGUGCCCUUUACAGGAAUUGAGUUUUUAACUGUUUUGUGGCUGCUACGGUGAACUCAUCCUACAAGUGCUUUUGCAGUACUAGUGUGUUAUGUAAAUACUUGGCCUUAUUCACUAGGCUGCUUAUUUUAUGGAUAAAUUUGGUGUGUCCUUAAAGUGGUUAAAGGGCAAAUCAUUGCCUUUAUUGUACAUAAUGAAAUAAAAUUUUAUUAACUCUUA